CGCACCGGGUCUAUGUCCACUUUAGGGGGGAAUCUGCGUGGGCCAAGCACUUCUGAAUCAUUCUUGGCUCCACCGCCAUGGGUGAGGGACUCGCCUACUUGAUUCAUUUAUUAGUCCCCGGAAUUCCCGAGAAUCGUUAGAAAGAAAGCGACCAUUUUUGAGGCUUACAAGGUCUAUCCGUUAUAUCAUCCCUAUGUAAUCACCAAGGCACGACUGCUGCUUAAUUUGUGCAUCACCCGAAGAACGUCUGUGCAGAUCGUCAGGGAUCACUGAAUCUGCAACCUGGGGAUCAUCUCUGGAGAAUCAUUACAGGCAAGACAUCGCAAAUCUCAAUCUGCCGCGCCCAGAGAAGGCGCAUGACAGGUAUACUGGUAUAAAGGCCAAAAACACCAAUGCUUUAGGCUCAUGGAUUUGACCCAAGCAUGGAAACGGACGCUACCUCGCCUUUAUACCCAUGGACCAGAGAACCCGGCUGCGCAAGGCUUGUGAUGCCUGCAGUAUACGAAAGGUGAAAUGUGAUACAAGCGGGCCGCCCUGUCGGUCGUGCGCAAGCUUGGAUAUCCCCUGUACCUAUGAGAGACCGAGCAGACGCCGUGGUCCCCCCAACCGUCACGCAGAAGCGCUUAAACGACAGAAGCUCACAGCAUCACCCGUUGGCUCCCCUACCCCGUCAGACCAUACGUCGCCAGAAUCUACAGGGUUAUUGAACAGCCAACUUAUUCCGUCACCACCAGCUUUCUCUUUGGAAAUGAUUUGUUCUUUGCCUACGAUGCGGCUUUUGGUCGAUGAUUACUUCACCUACAUUCACCCAUUGAUACCCGUUCCUCAUGAACCGACGUUUCGCGCUGCGCUUGAACGAAGAGAGGAUAUCACCAAUCGUACUUUCCUGGCCCUGGCGGCCUCUAUGAUCGGAGCACUGGUGACUUCGUUUCCACGACGCCCAAAGAUUCAUCUGAAGACUUCGAUCGAAAAGACAGCAUUCCCGCACUCUAUGGCACUGGUCCGCAGGUGUCGGGACGUAGCCGUCCAAGCCAGAGGCACUGGAUAUCUUGAUCGCAGCGCUACUGUUUAUGAUGCCGCUAUUAGCUAUUUUCUGUCUCUCUGUUCAGGUUAUAUGUACAAUGUGCGAACAUGUCGCCUGUAUCUGUCGGAAUGUCUGACGAUGUUACACGUGUACGAUUUAUGUGGCCAUAGCACGCGAAUGCGGACCAUGAGUCCGACAAGCCCAAACUCCUCUUCGUCGCUCCUAUCCCAGGAUCAACCUGGUGGCUCUGGAGGUGAUCAGCUCGACAUAAUCGAACAGGAACUCGGGCGGCGCUUGUUCUACACUGUCUUAGCUGGGUACCGAACGUUGCAGCAGAUGGGGUCAACCGAUUCGACCUUUCACAUUCCCCCAGAAACUCACACUGAGCGGUACCCUCCCUUACCCCUUGAGAUAGACGAUGAGUUUAUUUUUCCGACUCACGUUGAACUCCAACCGGCUAACAAGGUGUCUCGGCUCGUGGGGUUUAACCUUAAUGUCCGUGUAUACAACUCCUAUAAUCAGGUCUCGGCAUGGGAAGUUGCAUUUGGCUGUGGCCAGCCCUUUGACUGGGAACGGCAAAGGCUGGCUAUCUGGGAAAGCUUACAGAAGGUCAAAUCUGCAGUUGUUAAUGUACCAAGAGAGCUCUCGCUGCAAUCUUCGACAUUGAGCCAGGGCCUGAGCGGCACAGAGGAUCCAGAUUUCUACGAGAGACGACUCAUUCAAUAUGAGAUUCAAAAGGCGAAUAUAUACGCCAGUCAGCUGGGGACUCGGUCUUACUUGGUAGAAAAGUACUGGGCUCUGUACGCCACUUGGAAGGCAUGCCGUAAGCGGACGGAACAAGCCGCCCAUAAGAGCACAGUGCAGGUCAAGGUUGAGGGAGAGCCGGUCAAUGCGGUCAGCGCUGACGCAGACGCUCAGUCAGACCAUAUCGGUGCUACCAUGGCGGAAGAGCGUCGACUUGUGAUUCGGGACAUGUUUGUAUUACUGCGGUCCAUCAACGAGGUCAACAUGGAGCCUAACGGACCUAGCUUUACCACCAAAGUCCGCCAGGUCGCCUCUACCCUUCUCAACCUUCCUCAUCCAAAUAUGGAACCCGCUGAUUCUACCACGUUAGCAGCAGGGCCGCACCCUUUGACUGUGGCUGAAGCGGAAUCUUAUCUCCAUGCCUUUAUUGAUACCCUCAUGCGCCUGGAGGGAAUGACAGCACCGGUCCCGGGAGUGACUGAAGCCAGUCCACAAGGCCAUGGCCGAUCGAUGAGUUAUUUGAGCGAUUUAGAUCGAGAUGAAGAGGAACUACGCAAGUGGGCUAGCCUCAAGGAGUAUCAAGCGAGGUUUGCAGCAGCUGGAGGAAUGUACUCGCAACUAUGAUAUGACCGUGUUUAAUCUUCUUUUUGUAUAUGUAUACAUGCAUAUAAUUAUACUCAUGGGAUGGCGUAUGGGUGACUCUCGAUGGAGUUGUGGGUGAGGGUCCUGGUGCGUUGAUAUAUGAUUUUCUUUUUGGGUUGGCGUCAUCGAUAUCCCCCUUGCAUUCUCCAAUAUAAAAGAAAGACUGUCCUUUAUUA